AUGCAGAAUCCUAACAGCAUUCUAAAUUUAGUUCUGAUUGGCUUUCAUCACAGGAAGGGGUCUGUUGUUGAGCUAGUCUAUCCCUCACUGUCAUGUGAUAGUUCUGAUCCUACACAUCUCCCUUAUCCAUGGCGUCAUUUGCCUGCUUUAGCAAUAGCCGAUGGAGCCCAUAACUACACAAAAGAUUGCACAUAUUUCAGCCUACCUUCGAUAGAGAAGAAGGGUGACUCUGUUUUUGGAAUUGCUUGUUACCGCCAGGCAGACUCGGCUUCGUAUGUUCAACCUAAUCCUGAGAUCACUCGAAACACUGUACAGAAAAGCUUGGUUGUACUAUCGAGAUUUCCACUUUUUAGUUUCAUCGCCCAUCAUCUUACGACAAUAAUUGAUAAUCUGUUUAAAAGCAAAGGUUUUACUCCAGAAAGUCUCCAGAACUCAUAUGAACAAUUAAGUCAUUUUGUAGACACUGUUUUAAGUGAUCCAAUUUCUUACCAAGAUGCACUAUUUUAUAAUCUAAGUGCGUCCAAUUUUGUUCGCGUUUACAAACGUGACGCAUUAUGUCUAUUCAAAUUACUUUUAUUGGAAAGACGUAUUUUAUUUACGGGAGAUUCUGGCGGAACUCUAUCAAAUUGGAUGUUAACUUUACUCAGUUUGUAUCCAGAUAUGUUACGUAGUGGUUUGUCACAAUGUUCCGUUAUUGAUCCCUCAUGGAUUUCAGAAGCAAGUUAUUGGCCUGAUAUGAAUGAUUCCAGUUCAAAUAGCUUUAAUUCUUAUCAGUAUUCAUUAGAAGGAUCAUUAACUAAGAUCAGUGGACAAGUGUCAGAACAGAAUACAGAUUCAACUCUAAAUAAAGAAGAAAACGUUCAGCUUACUUCAAAUGUUGAUUCCAAGAACUCAGCCAAUAAUAUUGAUCCACAAAGAACUCAUAUAAUAAAUGUAUCUGACACAUUACAUACGGAAUCAAAACAAUCUGUAAUAAAUGAGUCAUAUAAAAAAUAUCAAACCAACAAUUUUCUGGAGAAAAUAACUGACGAUUCAAUGUUUAAAUUUUCGUUAAAUUCACCAUUUCCUACUGACGAUUGGGGAUUUCCUUUAUCUGUAUUUACGAAAUCUUAUUUAGCGCCUAUGUAUAUUCCCCUUGGUUUAAUGGAUAUACUACUAGAACAUUCUAGUCUUCCUAUGCCAUUCAGAUCAAGUAUUAAUUUAUCAUCAUCUGGAACUCAGAGUCUGACUUUAACCGAUCGAUCAGUACGUGGUUUUGUAGCUGGUGCAACCAAUCCCUUAUUGCAAUCAAACAAACAACUAACUGAGGUUUUCGUGUCAUCCUUAUCGCCUGUUAAGGAUAUUUGUGAAAAAUACUUCCCGCAUUUGUUUGAACUAACCGGUGCAUUUGGAAAACCGACCUUUGGAAUAGAAACAGAUUCUAUGUCGAGUCUUUCACUGUCUGAAAAUUCAACGAAAACUUCUUAUUCCAUUAAUGUCGAUAGUGAAAAGAAUACACAAAACACGGGAUCCAAAGUUUCAAAUUUUUCACGACCAUUUUCGUUGCCCAAAAGAUCACAACCAAUCAUUCAAAUAAAUUCAGAAAACAUUACUGAUAAGUAUCCUGCCAACUCACGCUCUAUGCCUGUUCCGCUGAACCGUGCAUUGCAACUAAGUCGUACUGAUAGAUUGUUUAUUGAUCAUUUGGUAAUGACUGUCAAUACAUGGUACAGUGCACAAAUAGACUAUUGUCAACAAUUGUCUUCCAAAAAAGGUGAAUUGGUAACAUCCCAUAGCUUUCAUAGAUUAGACCAAUUGGAUACAGAAACUUUGGAACAGCUCACAUUAAUCCAAAAAACAGCCUUAUUAAGAUUUCCAUCUCAAACUAUUUUAGAUGCUUGGAUACGACAACAGUUUUUAAUUUAUUUAAGAGCAUUAUUAUUAUCUGCUCAAGGUUACAAUUCCAAUGCAUCAGACUUUCAGUCAGCCUAUUUAACUUGUUUUCGUUUAACAAGAAAUUUUUUAAUUUGGCGUUAUCAAUUUAUUCCAAGUCAAUUGUUUACUGUUUCUAAACCAGAACAAAUUCAUCAUAAUACUUCUGACACCCAAUUAAUCAACAAACCAAUAGAUGAUAAUGUGGAAAUUUUAAAAACAACUGGAGAUUCAUAUAAUUCACAGUUGCAGGACUCAUGUAAAACUUCACCAGACUCUGUUGCUGCUGUAGUCUCGCAACAUCCUGGACGUAAACUUGCAGAACCUGAUGAUUGGAUUCAAAUUGCUGGUAGUUUUAAAAAGUUGAGCAACAUGGCUGCUGAUCAAGGUCGGAGACUUGUCAGUCAAAGUGUUGCUGGUCUUGUGAAAUUCGGCAGUGAUUUCAACUCGACAUUUCGUUCAUCUUUGCCAUCAAGUUUUGUUUGGAAAUUCUCAGAUGCUCUUAAAUCAGUUGUUUCAAAUCCCAUAUCAAUUAGUUCUCCAAUUCUACCACUUGAAACCACAGGUACCAAAGGUGAAUCAGUUUCUCCAGAAAUCAAUGUUCCGAAAACUCAGAUACCAGAUAAUAAAAUUUACUUUUAA